AUGGCGCAGGCACAGCAGCUCGCUCUCGAGCGACUCGAGUACAUCACAAAGGGAUUGCGGUCAAGGGCCAGCGACGAUGUGCGCAAACGAUCAGCAAUUCAGCUUCGAGAGCUGGUGGUCGUAUGCCAUAGAGAUCUCAGCCCCGAGCAAUUUCUAUCCUUCUACAACAACGUCAACAACAAAAUCACCCAACUCAUCACACAUGGCAGCGACUCCGCAGAGAGGCUCGGCGGCAUCUAUGCCCUGGACUCUCUGGUCGAUUUCGAGGGAGUGGAUGUGGCGGCUAAAUACACCCGGUUUACUCAGAACCUGAAAACCAUCCUUCGUGGCAAGGACACCAUGCCUAUGCGGCACGCUGCGAUUGCCCUCGGAAAGCUUUGCCGCCCGGGAGGAGCCAUGAUCUCCGAGUUGGUCGAUUCAGAAGUAAACACAGCUCUUGAAUGGCUGCAGAAUGAUCGGGUCGAGGAACGUCGCUACAGCGCUGUUCUUGUUCUUAGGGAGCUUGCGCGAAACGCCCCCACCCUCAUGUACCAGUAUAUCCCAACCAUCUUCGACUGGAUCUGGGUUGGCCUUCGCGAUCCAAGGCAGCUCAUCCGCGAAACCUCAGCCGAGACUGUCAGCGCAUGUUUCCGCAUCAUUCGUGAGCGAGACCAGGAGAUGAAGCAGAUAUGGAUGAGCAAGAUCUACAACGAGGCAAGACAGGGCCUGAAAGUUAACACGGUCGAAUCCAUCCACGCUUCCCUGCUUGUAUUGAAGGAGCUCCUUGAACAGGGAGGAAUGUUCAUGCAAGACCAUUACCAGGAAGCCUGCGAUAUCGUCUUCAAGCACAAGGAUCAUCGUGACCCAACCACUCGCAAGACAGUUGUCCUGCUAAUACCCGAUCUGGCAAGCUACUCUCCAGCUGAUUUCGCCCAAACGUGGCUUCACAAAUUCAUGGUCUAUCUCUCUGGCAUGUUGAAGAAGGACAAAGAGCGUAACGAUGCUUUCCUCGCCAUCGGAAACAUUGCAAACUCCGUCAAGAGUGCCAUUGCCCCGUACCUUGACGGCGUUCUCAUCUAUGUGAGAGAAGGCCUCAGUGUACAGUCUCGCAAGAGGGGCUCUGUUGACCCCGUAUUUGACUGCAUCAGCCGUCUUGCAGUGGCCGUCGGUCAGACGCUGAGUAAAUACAUGGAGGCUCUGCUUGACCCCAUCUUUGCCUGCGACUUGACGCCUAAGCUGACACAGGCUCUUGUUGACAUGGCCUUUUAUAUCCCACCUGUCAAACCCAUCAUCCAAGAAAGACUGCUCGAUAUGUUGAGCGUUGUUCUUUGCGGUGAACCUUUCAAGCCUCUUGGUGCGCCGCAGCCAAAUACCUUGACCUCAGUGCCAACCAUCACAAAGGACGCCAAAGAUCCACAGGCGUAUGAAAAUCGCAAGACGGAGAUCAAGCUUGCCCUCAACACGCUGGGGAGCUUUGAUUUCUCUGGCCAUGUUCUCAAUGAAUUUGUUCGAGACGUGGCCAUCAAAUAUGUGGAAGAUGAAGACCCAGAGAUAAGAGAAGCUGCGGCUCUUACUUGUUGCCAGCUCUACGUUCGGGACCCAAUUGUCAACCAGACCAGUUACCAUGCCCUCCAAGUAGUUGGUGAUGUCAUUGAAAAACUACUUACUGUCGGCAUCUCAGAUCCAGAGCCGAAUAUUCGACGGACUGUGCUGGCUGCUCUUGACGAACGGUUCGAUCGUCACCUGGCCAAGGCAGAAAACAUCCGUAUCCUAUUCUUUGCCCUAAAUGACGAAAUCUUCUCCAUCAGAGAAGUGGCUAUUUCUAUCAUCGGCCGACUUGCUAGAUAUAACCCCGCAUAUGUUAUUCCGUCCUUGCGAAAGACCCUCAUCCAGAUGCUCACUGAGCUUGAAUUCUCGGACGUGGCCCGGAACAAAGAGGAGAGUGCCAAGUUGCUGAGCCUCUUGGUCCAAAACGCACAAUCUCUCAUUAAGCCAUACGUUGAUCCGAUGAUCUCAGUCCUUCUUCCCAAGGCUAGCGAUCCCAGCCCCACGGUCGCUGCUACUAUUCUGAAAGCCAUCGGAGAGCUGGCCACCGUCGGCGGAGAAGAUAUGUUACCGUACAAGGAUCGCCUAAUGCCCCUAAUCCUUGAUGCCCUGCAAGAUCAGAGCUCAAAUAUCAAACGAGAGGCGGCUCUUCACUCUCUUGGCCAGCUGGCCAGCAAUUCUGGAUAUGUCAUAACGCCUUACUUGGAAUAUCCUCAGCUAUUAGAAAUCCUGCAAGCCAUUAUUAGGACAGAAGACCAGAGAGGGCCGUUGCGCCAGGAGACGAUAAAAUUGAUGGGCAUCUUGGGCGCUUUGGACCCUUACAAACAUCAGCAGGUUGAAGAGAAAACGCCUGAAAUGCAGCGACGUUCUGAGUCAAACCAAUUGACAGACAUAUCAUUAAUGAUGACUGGAUUAACACCGUCCAACAAGGAGUACUUCCCCACUGUCGUCAUCAACGCCCUUUUGCAAAUUCUCAAGGACCACUCCCUGGCUCAGCAUCACGCCGCUGUUAUUGAAGCCAUUAUGAAUAUCUUCAGGACUUUGGGAUUAGAAUGCGUGUCGUUCCUGGAUAGAAUCGUUCCUGCAUUCCUGCUAGUGAUUCGGUCAUCCCCCCCUACCCGUCUAGAGUCGUACUUUAACCAGCUGGCGACGCUGGUGAGCAUUGUGCGGCAGCAUAUCAGAAACUAUCUUCCUGAAAUUGUGGAAAUUCUUCAAGAAUACUGGAACAAAUCUUCAUCGUUGCAAACCACGAUUCUGUAUUUGGUCGAAGCCAUAUCGCGAUCUCUUGAGGGCGAAUUCAAAAUCUACCUGGCAUCUCUUCUCCCUCUGAUGCUUGGUGUGCUAGACAAGGACGCAUCUCCAAAGCGAACACCUUCUGAGAAAGUACUUCACGCUUUUCUGGUUUUUGGAGCCAGUGCCGAAGAGUACAUGCAUCUCAUCAUCCCUGUUAUCGUUAGGACUUUUGAGAAACAGGGGCACCCAACGUUUCUCAGGAAGCAAGCCAUCGAUACCAUUGGCAAGAUUUCUCGCCAAGUCAAUUUGAAUGACUUUGCGGCCAAGAUUAUUCACCCCUUAACCAGAGUGCUUGAUACGGGAGAGCCGCAGCUGAGACUAGCUGCGCUUGAUACCCUCUGUGCUUUGGUCCAACAGCUUGGACGAGACUAUAUACACUUUAUGGGGACCGUGAAUAAAGUCAUCAAUCAGCACCAGAUCCAACACCAAAACUACGAUCUGCUGGUUAGCAAGCUGCAGAAAGGAGAAGUUUUGCCGCAAGAUUUGACCUCAGACGCACAGCUUUUGGAUAUUGGAGAUGAAACUCCUUUUGCGGAUCUAAACAAUAAGAAGUUGGAGAUGAACGCUAUUCACCUGAAGGCUGCAUGGGAUACAAAGGGAAAAUCAACCAAAGAGGAUUGGCAGGAAUGGCUACGACGGUUUAGCACAACGCUGCUCACCGAAUCGCCAAACCAUGCCUUGCGAGCGUGCGCCAGUCUUGCAAGCGUCUACUUGCCACUGGCACGGGAGCUCUUCAAUUCUGCGUUCGUUUCUUGUUGGAGCGAGUUGUAUGAACAGUUUCAAGACGAACUGAUCCAGAAUAUCGAGAGCGCCAUCAAAUCGGAGAAUGUACCCCCUGAUUUGCUCGGUCUUUUGCUGAAUUUGGCCGAGUUCAUGGAACACGAUGACAAGGCGCUGCCCAUUGAUAUUCGAGUGCUCGGUAGAGAAGCGGCUCGGUGCCACGCCUAUGCAAAGGCGCUGCAUUACAAAGAAUUGGAAUUUCUGCAAGAUCAAAGCAGUGGUGCUGUAGAAGCUCUUAUUGUAAUCAAUAACCAGCUACAGCAGUCUGAUGCAGCCAUCGGUAUUUUGCGGAAAGCUCAACUGUACAAGGAAGGCAUUCAGCUCCGCGAAACAUGGUUUGAGAAAUUGGAGCGAUGGGAAGAAGCGUUGGCCUCUUACCACAAGCGUGAGAAGGAGUUGCCUGCUGAUCAACCAAUCCCCAUCGAUAUCGUCAUGGGCAAGAUGCGCUGUCUCCAUGCCCUGGGCGAAUGGGAUGCGCUCGCCAGCUUAACCGGCAGCACCUGGGCUAACUCUGCCCCUGAAGUCCAGAGAAUGAUUGCACCUCUUGCUACGGCUGCUGCGUGGGGUCUUGGUAAAUGGGAUUCAAUGGAUAACUACCUUUCGUCUCUCAAGAGGUACUCACCAGACCGCUCAUUCUUUGGCGCCAUCUUGGCUCUUCACCGCAACCAGUUCAGAGAGGCCAUUGCCUGUAUUGAGCAAGCUCGAGAGGGCUUAGAUACGGAACUAAGUGCCCUUGUCAGCGAGUCGUAUAAUCGGGCAUACCAGGUCGUCGUCAGAGUCCAGAUGCUUGCCGAGCUGGAAGAGCUGAUUGUAUACAAGCAGUGCGAUGAGAAGAAACAAGCCACCAUGCGCAAGACCUGGGAGACUAGGCUGGAAGGAUGCCAGCGCAACGUCGAGGUUUGGCAGCGGAUGUUGCGGCUGCGUGCCUUGGUGAUUGCUCCUUCAGAAAACAUUCGCAUGUGGAUCAAGUUUGCCAAUCUCUGUCGCAAAUCGGGACGUAUGGGACUGGCUGAGAAGUCACUGAAGCAACUAAUUGGCUCAGAUGCGUCGCUUGAAAGCUUGAUUCCUUAUUGGGAUGACAACAAGCCGGCCGAGAAGCCGCAACCAGGGCAAGCUCCACGCACCCCUCCUGCUGCUCAGGUCAUUUACGGCAUGCUCAAGUACCAAUGGGAACUUGGCCAGCAACCAUCCAUGAAGGCGUCAGGGAUUGCCGAGCGGACUCUGUACUGCUUACAGCGCUUUACUAAUGAUUCGGCCCACCGUCUCGAUCUUGCAAAGGCCCAUCUUACCGCGCAGACUGGAAGCGACGUGACUCUGUCUCUGGAAUAUGGCUUCCAGAACCAGAUUGACCCAUCUGUAAUGAGCCCGCAAACGCAGCGAGCAUUGGUUGACCAGACGGUGCUGCUGGCGAAAUGCUACUUGCGACAAGGCGAAUGGCAGAUUGCGCUCAACAAAGAUGACUGGCAGAAUACCAAGAUCCAGGACAUUUUGGCCUCAUAUUCGCAGGCUACCAAGUACAAUCCUCGUUGGUACAAAGCCUGGCAUGCCUGGGCGCUCGCCAAUUUUGAAAUUGUACAGACCUUGGCCGCCAGAAACGAGGGACAGAUGUCAAGAGCGGAUCAGACAAUGAUCAUUGAACAUGUUGUUCCAGCUAUACAGGGUUUUUUCAAAUCCAUUGCGCUAUCUGCCGGCAGCUCGCUUCAAGACACGCUGCGUCUAUUGACGCUGUGGUUUACACACGGAGGCAAUUCAGACGUUAACACGGCUGUAACCGAGGGCUUUACCAAUGUCAGCAUCGAUACUUGGUUGGAGGUUAUCCCUCAGCUUAUUGCUAGAAUCAACCAACCCAACAAGCGUGUCCAGCAGUCUGUACAUAACCUCCUUGCCGAUGUUGGUCGAGCGCACCCGCAGGCGCUGGUCUACCCUCUCACCGUUGCUAUGAAGUCUUGGCAGAAUAGCCGGCGCUCCAGGUCCGCGGCGCAAAUUAUGGAUAGCAUGCGCCAACACAGCGCCAAUCUCGUUGCCCAAGCAGAUACAGUCAGCCACGAGCUGAUUAGAGUGGCUGUACUCUGGCACGAGCUUUGGCACGAAGGUCUGGAAGAAGCAUCGAGACUUUACUUUGGUGAUCACAACAUCGAAGGUAUGUUUGCAGCGUUGGAACCUCUUCACGCGCAACUCGAGCGAGGACCGGAGACGCUUCGAGAGAUAUCUUUUGCUCAAGCUUUCGGGCGAGACCUUAAGGAAGCUCAAGACUGGUGCCGCCAGUAUGAGACGAGCGGUGAUGUCAACGACCUCAAUCAAGCGUGGGAUCUUUACUACCAAGUGUUCCGCCGCAUCACUAGGCAGCUGCCGCAGGUCACAAGUCUAGAACUCACAUACUGUUCGCCUAAGCUCUUAAACGCCAAGAAUCUUGAUCUGGCUGUUCCAGGGACAUACAAGAGUGGACAGCCCAUCGUGAGGAUCAUGUCCUUUGACUCCACAUUCACAGUAAUCAACUCUAAGCAGAGGCCGAGAAAACUCAACGUUAAUGGCAGCGAUGGUAUUUCAUACGCUUUCCUGCUCAAGGGCCAUGAAGAUAUUCGCCAGGACGAGCGUGUGAUGCAGCUAUUCGGCUUGUGCAACACCCUAUUGGCCAACGACUCCGAAUGUUACAAACGACACCUUAAUAUCCAGCGCUACCCCGCUAUUCCACUUUCCCAGAACUCUGGUCUUCUCGGCUGGGUUCCGAAUAGCGACACAUUACAUGUUCUCAUCAGGGAAUAUCGUGAAAGUCGCAAAAUCCUCCUCAACAUUGAGCACCGCAUAAUGCUUCAGAUGGCUCCGGAUUAUGACAAUCUUACGCUCAUGCAAAAGGUUGAAGUGUUUGGAUAUGCUUUGGACAACACAACAGGUCAAGAUCUCUAUCGUGUGCUGUGGUUGAAGUCUAAAUCGUCUGAAGCUUGGCUAGAACGGCGGACGAACUACACUCGAUCCCUGGGUGUCAUGUCGAUGGUAGGAUAUAUCUUGGGUCUGGGAGAUCGCCACCCGUCCAAUCUCAUGCUGGACCGCGUCACGGGCAAAAUCAUUCAUAUCGAUUUCGGUGAUUGUUUUGAGGUCGCCACCAAGCGUGAAAAAUACCCUGAGAGAGUGCCUUUCCGACUUACGCGCAUGUUGACAUACGCCAUGGAGGUUAGCAACAUUGAAGGAAGCUUCAGAAUCACAUGUGAACAUGUAAUGAGGGUAUUGCGCGAUAAUAAGGAGAGUGUAAUGGCUGUGCUAGAAGCGUUUAUUCAUGAUCCGCUACUUACCUGGAGACUCACAAAUGCCGCUUCUCCCACUGGACCAAAUUUCCGGUCUGAACGCGAAGUACAGCUAGCAGGCCCUCAUGCCAUGCGGGCACGACGACAAUCUAUUUUGGACGCUGAUGUAGCUCCAUCUGAGCUGAUGGCAAAUGUUGAGUCAUCGGCACCUCCCGGAAGGCACAGGGCCCGCACGAAUAGCUCAGCGGUGCCAGAUGGCAUUCAGGCCAAUGGCGCUGAAGAGAGAGAGAGUCAGAACGCUAGAGCAAUCGAGGUUCUCGACCGGGUAUCUCAGAAGCUUACGGGGCGAGAUUUCAAGCCUAAUGAGGAGCUGGAUGUUAUUAACCAAGUGAACAAGCUCAUUAUUGAAGCUACGAAGUUGGAGAAUUUGUGUCAGCACUACAUUGGAUGGUGUAGUUUCUGGUAA